AUGGCAACAUUAAAGGCAGAAGCUCUUUUUAAUGCAAUGGGUGAUCAUCUCAGAGCAACAGGGGCAAAAUUGGUCAAGCAAAUAGGCGCAAUUUACCAUCUUGAAAUUCUUCCAAAGCCAGGAGAUGAGCCUGUUGUCUUUACGAUUGAUCUCAAAAAUGGAUCUGGAUCAAUGACCAAAGGAAGAGUCGGGUCUGCUGAUGCAACUUUCACUAUGACUGAUGAUAACUUCAUGGCUAUUGCACAAGGAAGGAUAAAUCCACAAGUUGCUUUUAUGCAAGGAAAGAUGAAAAUCAAAGGAGAUAUGGCCCAUGCAACAAAAUUCACUCCUGACAUUUUGCCUAAAACCCCUAAACUUUAA